AUGGGAAAGGGCAAGGGCAAGAGAACUCAGGAAAUCUGUUCCAAUCGUUCAAGCUCUACAUCUAGAUCAGCAACCCCCGUAUCUCGAGACCCUUCUCCCGAAAUUGGUAAUUUUAUGGAAGUGGACUAUAUCGACAAUUUUCUUGGCGCGUCAUCAGAGAUGGAAGAUGACCCACCCCCCAAGGCAUCAAAAUACAGCUAUCCGUACGUGAAGGAGGAUUAUAACGGGGCUGGAAGAGCAUUUGGAACAGGCCUUACAUUCAUGGAUCAGCUCAAACAGGAUCAAUUCGAACCCCAGCGGGCGGAAAAUUUGUACUAUCCUUUUGCCUCGAAAGAUGAAUGGGAGCUCUCCCUGUUCCUACUUCGCUCUGACAUGAGCGUAGGAAUGCUGAAUGAUUUUUUGAAACUUGAACUGAUAAAAAAACUUAACUUGUCCUACAAGUCAGCAAAAGAUCUACGCAACCAGGCAGAGAUCCUUCCCUCUGGUCCGCAGUGGAAGAGUCAAACGAUCAUACCAGAAAUACCAAGCAAAAAUCAGCUAACGCUUUUUUACCGCGAUGGAUUGGAAUGUAUCAAGGCGCUUCUCAUCAGUCCCUUGCUCCAAGAUAGCAUGCACUUUAGCCCAUUCAAGCUCUUCGACAAGUGCAACGAGAUGAUGCGGGUAUACACUGAGUGGUUUAGCGGUGACAUUGCGCAUUUUAUGCAGUAUAACAAGGUUCCCAAGGACCAGCUCCCAAAAGGAGCAACACUUGUACCUCCUAUUAUUUCCACGGAUAAAACCAACAUUUCCAACAUGACCGGAGGCCGUGUCGCCUACCCUGGCCUUAUCAGCAUUGCCAACAUAAUGAUGAACUUUCUUCAUCGCUCCAAAGCUGUGAAUGGGAUGAUGGCAGCACGGCUAUAUCACCAGUGCAUGGACAUUGCUCUAGAAUUGGUCAAACAAACUGCGAGGGUGGGAACCACCAUGGCAGAUGCAUUGGGGAAUAAUCGUUUCUGCUUUACACCGCUUGCUGCCCUUAUCGUUGAUACUCCAGAAUCUGCUCUGGCGGCUUGCGUCGCAGGAUCCACAUCCUCUGUGACGUUGGCACAAUACGAGACGUUUGGGGAUUCCUUUCGCCACCCUUCCCGAACUGCAGAUCAUACAAUCAACACCAUCAUGGCCAUCAACAAUGUUAAGCCCCCUAAUCAUCUCGAACCAUAUCUAAAAGAAAGCAAAAAGCACCGUCUCAAUGGGGUUCACCUACCGUUUUGGAGAGAUUGGCCCUUGUCUGAUCCUUCUGCAUUCCUUACGCCUGAACCCCUUCAUCACUGGCACAAGAUGUUCUGGGAUCAUGAUGCAAAAUGGUGCAUUGCUGCAGUCGGAGGUUCCGAAUUGGAUUUUCGAUUUUCGAUUUUACAGCACCGCACUGGUUUCCGACACUUCAAGGAAGGGAUUUCUUCCUUGAAACAAGUGACCGGUAGGGAACAUCGGGACGUUCAGCGAUACAUUGUUGCUCUCAUUGCAGACACAGUCAGUACACCCUUUAUCUUAGCCAUCCGGUCUCUGAUGGACUUUCGGUAUCUCGCACAAUCUCAAACAAUCUCCGAGGCAAUGUGUCUCAGAAUUGAGCAGGCACUGCAAGAUUUCCAUGCCAAUAAACAAGCCAUCCUUGACGCGGGAGCACGUCGAGGUAAAAAAAACAACCCAAUCGAUAAUUUCUAUAUUCCAAAACUCGAGUUUUUGCAAAGUGUAGUACACACAAUUAGACUAAAUGGAUGUGCAAUCCAAUGGUCUGCAGACACGACAGAGCAUGCACAUAUCGAGGUGGUCAAAGCCCCUUCCAGUUCCAGCAAUAAUCAAAGAUACGAGCCUCAAGUUUGUCGAUACCUUGAUCGUCGUGACAAAUUGCGCAAUUUCGAUUUGUUUACAGCUAUACGAGAAAUGAGGAUCGAUUUUUGGGCUAUACACUCUGCAACAAUUACGGAUGAGGAGGAGCAGGAGGAGGGGGAUGAGGGGGAGGAAAACGGCGAGGUUGUGAUGGACACAACGUCAGAACUUCUUUCAACAAUCAUGCUGAUGACAACCUUUCAAUCAGCAAAGUCCAAUCGCAUUGUGGAUUACUUCUACAAAGCUAGUCUCUAUGAGCGUGGCGUAUUGGAAGGCCCAGUCCCCUACAGAACAUUUUCUUGCAGCAAAAACAUUGUUGCCCAUUUAUCUAGGGAUGCUAGUUCCAAAAGAUUGCAUAUCGACGAGGUUGCGAGCAUUUUUAAAAUUCCCGACCUACGACCAGCAAUUGCCGAUUAUGUGUCACUCAUCAAUAAGGAAUCAAAUCCGAGACAGACCAAUUCUCGAGGUUAUCACAUCAAGGGGAUAACUGGCAGGCGUGUUUCUCCUCCCGGUUGUCCGUUGCCGUAUUCAAAACUUGAGGUAUGGCAUAAGGUCCGUAUACAGUCGACUGCGUACCAAUACCCUCAUGAGAUCCUGGAGGCAGUCACACUUAAUGCAUAUCCGCCAUCUAACAAACAUCCUUUUGGAUACUUCGAUUCAGCAAUCAUAAACGUGGAUGAAUCUGAGGAGUGGCCUCGCAGCGGGCUUCAAGGCCAUUCUGUCGUCGACAUUCGUAUUAUUUUUCGCAUUGUCGGAGAGACACCCAGUACUGUGUCUCCCAAUAUUACUGGAAGAUUUCUCGCAUACGUCCAACGUUUUGAGAAUCAAGUCGUUCUCGCUCAUCUUCCGCUCACCACUGCCCAAACUCCAAAGGAUUCUUCCCAGAGUGCCUCUUCCUCUAAACAAAAAUUCGCCUCCAGUCUUGUCGAUCAAGCUGUCAGCACCUUGUCCGAGAUCUGGCACCCUCAGGAUAUUCCUUCCGUGUUCCUACCCCCCGCCAAAGUAGGGGGUAGCUCUUUUCCUCCUACUCAUUCCCGUCCAACUUCCAAGCAGAUCUCUUCCGAUUUGCAAUCCAUAGCGUCUCAUACACAUCCAAUACAUCCACACAACAGUCAUCCCUCCGUAUCCGGCCAUAACCCUUCCCCGACCCUCUUGCUUGCCUCGGGCACCAAAUCCGAUCAGAUAUUACCCCUCAAGUCUUUUGUUUAUAAAGUCCUUCGCCACUCAAGGACAUCUAAAAACGUACUGCAGAUAGCACUAUGUUAUCUAGAAUCCAUUCGUCCCAAGGUCCCACAGAUUUUGCAAGAGGAAAACAUCGGCAUUCGCUCUUAUGCUCAGCCCAAAAGCAGUAUUCAGAAAGCUACCCCAGAAGAGCUGGCGAUGGAUGCUGAGCUUACUGCUCUUGAGAACUCCGGCAAGAUCAACAUCAUCAAUAAUUUCAUUGACAAUUCUAUGCAAACAUUCUGUGUUGCCGAUUCUGGUUCACAAGAUCUGGCUGAAUCGUGCAUCUAUCCACAAGACUCUCUGUCCAGCGUAGAUGUGCAGGUCUCAACGGCUCCUCUUUCCACCACCCUUUCUUUGCCAUCUCCCCUCCUGUGUCCCCGUAGAGCCUUUCUGGCAUCCCUCAUCCUGGCCUCCAAAUUUUCACAAGAAAAGUGUUAUUCUAACCGUGCUUGGGCAAGGUUAUCUGGUCUCCCACCUCGUGAAAUUGGUCGCUGCGAAUGUGCCCUCGCACAAGCCUUGCAAUGGCGACUCUGGGUCGGCAAAUGCGCCUUUGGUGAGAAUGCUGCAACUGCCACAUAG